AUGCCUUUACACAAUUUAGGUCUUAUAUAUAUCUCGAUCGAGCCAUCCGAAAGACUACGACGAGCAGUCCAUAGCAACGACGCCUCCCUUGUUCGUCGCAUUGUGAAAUCUCACCUAGGUCUAAUUCAUAACCCAGACCAUUCCGCAACCGGCCUCUCUAAUUCGAGCCUCCACCUUGCCGCCAGCCUUGGCCACCUCCAGGUAUGCAAGGUCUUAGUUGCUCUCGGUCACGAGCUUCCUACGCCGGCUUUGAACGAUGACCAUCAGACGGCCUUGAUGCUAGCCGCCGCCGCGGGUCAUACGGAAGUCGUCUUGUUUCUUGCCGAGAGCGAUCCCACAUCCAUCCUCCGACGGGAUAUUCGAGGUAGGGAUGCUAUCAUGGAGGCUAGCAUGGGAGGUCAUGAUACGGUACUACAGAUUCUUCUCACGUACGUGCCUGGAGGGGCGCAAAAUGCCGUCCAGAAUGCGGAUCUCGACGGGAAUACUGCUCUACAUUUCGCCAGCAGCAACGGUAACCUCCUCGUUCUACGGACAUUGCUUGCUGCAGGAGCCGACCCCGAGAAGAGAAAUGUAUGGAGUUGGACCGCCAUCGCAUACAGCGCAACCGUACAGGCUGAAGUCUACCUCAAAGGACUUGUCUCUGAGGUUGAGAAGCGAAGGCGGAUUAAAAAUGAGGUAGAGGAAGGGAGAAAGGGAGGCGCCGUCCGAAUGGUCGAAGAAGAAAUCAACGUGGUAAACUGA